CAAAAGUAAACAAAGCCAAGCACAGAUUCAUAUUUUCAUACUUUUCACAUUUUGGUCUAAUUAAAUUAUAUUGUAAAGUUAAACCGGCUGUUUGUUUAUAAAUCUCUAUAGCAAAAUCCUUAUCGAAUAGGUAGCGAGCUUUAGUCAUAGUGCAGAUCUGCUUGGGUUAGUUAACUAGUACGGGAAGCUCACUUGCGGUGAAAAACUAAACACAAUGGUUGAUUCUAAUUAUAUUGAAAUUAAUGAAAUAAAAGGAUUUAUCACUUUCCUACAAAGUAUUGACUGGUUCGAUCCAUGGCUAAUCGGACUGAUUACGUUUCAUAUUUGCAUUUUGUCAACCACUCUCAUGACUAGGAAUUGUGGAAAUUUUCAAGUAUUCUUGUUCUUAAUUUUGUUGUUGAUGGUUUACUUCUCAGAAAGCAUCAACGAGUACGCUGCUGACAACUGGAGGAUCUUUUCAAAGCAGCAAUACUUCGACGAUAAGGGUUUGUUCAUAUCGAUCGUAUUUUCGGUACCAAUUUUAUUAAACUGUAUGUUAAUGGUGGGAAGUUGGUUGUACCAGUCAACCCAGCUAAUGACCCGUUUGAAAACUGCCCAGUUAAGGCAACAAAUACGACAAUCUAAUAGUCGCCAAAGGAUACGACAGGAGAGAUUAGAAUGAAUAUGAAAUGGUUGCAGAAUCUUCGUUUCACCGUCACUAUUUGUGGCGCAAAAGGUGUGUCUAUUUAAAUACCAAUACAUACUAUAACUAUUGCAAUCCUCUGAUAACUAGGUGUUGCACGUUAAGCAUCAGAUAGAAAUUUUCAGGAGAACCACAAAUUAAAAUGCAUUCGAAUGAUUUUUUAGUUUCCUUUUCAUUGUUGGAUGAUCGGUGUGCGCUAUUUGAUUUUUUAUACGUUCGUUCUUCACAUUUCGUUAAUAUGAAGAAAUUCCAAUCGCUAGUUUUGUUUUAAAAGUUGAUUUUCUGUGUCAUAUUCGAUGCGCCAAUGCAUCGCUAAAAAAGUGAUUAAACACCGUCUGGAAUAGCGUUAGAACACACGUUCAACACAGAUAACAGUAGUACUUUAUAAUAGUCGAAAUCAAUUUUCAAAAUAAGAGAAAUGGAGUAGAGUAAGUAGCGCACUGCGGAAAAAAGUAAAUUAUGUAGUGUCAAGCUUUAUCGUUUAGCCUGUUAAGAAACGCUUUUGAAAGUUUUAUUUGAAUAUAUUAGACAAUUGUAAAAGUGUAAACUGCUUUACUAAAUAUGUGAAAUAACACUCUAAAAUAGGAACGGUUGUCGAAACUGACAUAAUAAACUAUAAUAUCAACGUGGUUGAAUAAAUA